AUGAGGCUGUCACUCGUUUAUCUUGCCGUCUUCGCGGCUCCAUCCCUCGUUCACGGACGCAGACACAGAUGCUCCCGGUCCACGCCCCUUUCAUCAGCUGCUGCCACGCCAGACACCAGCAGUAGGUGGACUUCCACUCCUUCGGCCAGCGUCUCUCCUUCGUCUGUUAUUAUCGCCUCGUCCUCGACCCCAAUCUUAGGUGAGAGCUCUGUAGCCAGCCCAUCAGCCUCGGCGUCUACACCUGGUAGCGAUGUGCCUACUACUUUCAGCACUGCAACGACUCCCGCUGGAACACCAUCCUCAACUGAGUCUUCCGCUACACCAUCGUCGACCUUGUCUUCGACUUCCCUGGAAGUAAGCAGCAGCGCUUCGGAAACUCCCAUUGCUUCCACAACACCCGCCGAAUCGACCACUCUCAUCGCUUCGACAGUGUCCAGCGAGUCUACCACACCUGUUUCGUCCACAGUUAUAAUCCCCUCUUCCUCCAGUUCCGCACCAGCCGCCACCCCGACCGGUUGGCAGUUACAGUCAAGUGGCGCAAACAGCGCUUUCGCGGGCAGCUUCAUGCUUGGUUACGCGCAAUACAAAGAUGCACCCCAUCUUGUCAGCCCCAGCGCGACCACGCCAGAUGUCUACUCAAAGCUCGAAUUCUACAUUGAACCCGGAACGGGCCACCUCUUCUGGGUCAUCGAUGGCACUAACAACCAAUAUCAAUUCUUCACAUCUUACGACGAUUUCAACGAGAAUGGGGAAUAUUUUUACAACGUUAACCCGGGUUUCCUUGGUGUCUUCGACAAGAACCAGGUUGGGAGCAGACACGUGGUGCCUCUCGUGUGCUCUCGGACUGCCGCUUCAUUCAGCUGCUCGGCCAAUACGCCCGCUGGCGUGUUCAGCCACUUCAUGGUCAACCCUACACCGAAUCAAUUCGACACCUCGAUUGCCUUUGGGAGUUCCGUCCCUUCACCUUACCAGGAGGUUACCUUUGCAGCCGUUGAUGUCUAUUAG